CUGAUAGACGGCACUGACUGGCAUCACUGCUGGGCACUGACUGGUGGCACUGACUGGCACAACCCCUGGGCACUGACUGGUGGCACUGACUGGCAGCAAUUCUGGGCUGCACUGGUGGGUGGCACUGGUGGGCAGCACUGGUGGGUGGCACUGGUGGGUGCACUGCUGGGCACAGGCGGGCGGAACUUGCGGGUGGCACUGCUGGGCACCGAUCAUCAGGGCACUGAUCAUCAGUGCCCUGAUGAUCGGUUGGUGCCGAUCCCCGCUCUGACAACUGCCGGUUCUCGGCAGUACUUUCCUCACGAUCUGACAGCGUGAGGAAAGUGCAGCCGAGAACCGGCACUUGCAU